AUUAAAGAUCUCCGAGACCACAAGCUGGACAACCGCAUGGAAUCCUUCUUCCUGGCCGAGACUGUGAAAUACCUCUACCUUCUGUUUGACCCGAACAACUUCAUCCACAACAACGGCUCCACCUUUGACUCUGUGAUGACCCCCUACGGGGAGUGCAUCCUGGGCGCUGGGGGCUACAUCUUCAACACAGAAGCUCACCCCAUUGACCCCGCUGCCCUGCACUGCUGCCGGAGGCUGAAGGAGGAGCAGUGGGAAGUGGAAGACUUGAUGAGGGAAUUCUACUCUCUCAAACAGAGCAAAUCAAGAUUUCAGAGAAAGACGAUGAGUUCAGACCCUUGGGAACCCCCAGCAAGGCCAGGCACACUCUCUUCACCUGAAAAGCAUGACCAGGCAAGGGAGAAGCAGCCUGUCAAGCAGAGAACCCCGCUCCUCAGCUGCCCUAGCCAGCCCUUCACCUCCAAACUGGCAUUGCUAGGACAGGUUUUCCUAGAUUCCUCAUAACCACUGGAUAAUUUUUUAAUUUUAUUUUUUGAGACUAAGCUAUAAUAAUAAAUCUGCUUUUGGCUAUCAAGUUUUAUAUACU